AUGGAGGGAGAGAGCACGGAAAGCGGUACAACUACCAUCCAGGCUGAAACACUGACUCAGAGCUGCAGUGAGGAAGGCACUGAGAUCCAAAACCUCCUGGAAGGAGAGGAAGAGACCAAAGCAGACAAUGAAACCUGUGAUGGAGAGAUAAUGAAAGCUGGAGAGGAUCUAUGUGUCAUUGGUGCAGAGAUGUUGCCACAGGAGACUCUGAUAGCCACAGGCACAGAGGGUGAUGAUGACUUUGUCCCAUUGUCCCCCCUGCCAACAGAAGAAGAGAUGGGACCCCCCUCAGUGUCAUCUCAUCCUUCCAAUACACAAAAUCGCCCAUCAGAACCCUGCUGGUAUUGUUUGAGGUCUCUUGACUCAGAGUACCGCCCCAAAGCUGCUAAACAGGAAAACACUGAUGCUGCAUCCACACCGCCCACUAGUGAACAGAAAGUGACUUACCAGACGGACCCACGGCCUCACUUUGGGGUGGCUUGUUCCUCCCGCUCCACAUGCCGCCCCCUCUGGGGCCGGGAGGGGCCCUGCUGGGGACAAAGGAACCAGGAGCUGCCCGAACAGACAGACACCUGCCCUCACUGCCAUUUGGGUUUGCCCCCUGACACACUGCGCUGGCAUGAGGCAAAGUGCAUGCUGUUUGAUGGGCUCAGGAGCUUGAAGAAAUGA